AUGUCUUCCAAGGCUUCAAAGCCGUCAGAGUCCAGCUCCAAGAAACAGCACUCCUCGAAAUCCAAGGCCAAGGCCAAGACCGACGAUUGGGCCGAAAUCACGGACCCCGAGGAGCGUCGGCGCAUUCAAAACCGCCUGGCCCAACGAAAGUUUAGGAAGAAGAACCAAGACAGCAAGGAAAAGGCCGUCCGCGACGCACACAACGAGGCCAACGCCCACAACACUUACACCGUUGCCUCGCCCUCCACUACGGCGGCGGAGGAAGAAGAGUCCGGCCUGCCGUGGGGAAGCAUCAACUUGAAUCACGUCAUUACCAGAGGCCACGAGCACGAGAGCCGCCGCGGCAGCGGCCGCGACGAGUACGUCCGGGAAGAGCCAUAUUACACAAACGGCUACGCCUCCAAUUACGCGGGAGGGUAUCGACAGCCCGCGAGCUACGGUAGCAGUGGGGGAGAGGACUAUUACUACGGGGGCGAGUCGCCCUUAUUCUACGACUAUGACCAGAGCGGUGACGCGAGCCAGGGGCAUAUCCGACAGUAG